ACAGUGCCGCCUAGUCGUUGGAGGAUCUCGUUCUUUUUGGUUGUGUGCACGAAGUAGAGAGUGAACCCCUCUUUCCCCAUGAUUCUAUAAAUUACACACACACACACACAUAAGUUCAAAAACAAGAUAAAUAUUAUUUUCUUCAACUCAUUUUAAUUGAAAAAGAAGAUGAGGACUCCUUCUCUUCUUGGUUGGUUCUUGAUCAUCUCCUUAUUGUUACUCUCUCAAUCUCUCAUUAUUUCAUGCGAUACUUAUGGAAGCAAGAUCGUUCCUUUGGGUCGGAAACUAGUUGAACAUGGAGAGAACGCGGAUGAGUCUCACGGUCAACACCAUGAUCACCUUCGAGUUUUUGUGAGGAAAAGCAAAAGCAAGAAGAAGAAGAAGGACAAAUCAGCAGCCACUCGAACUCUUCUCUCUAACCCAUUUACCUAUGUAUCUACUGUUGUAACUUCCUUUGUUUUAGUGCUCGCCGCAUUCUAAUCUAUUUCACCAAGAUAAUAAAGCUUGCGACUUGUUGUUUUUUUUUUAACGUCAAAUGGCUUGAGUUUGCUUGUUUGUUUGACUUUGUGUUUGCGAAUGAGUUUUUGUAUUCUUUUCCGGCCAAGAUUGAGUUUGUAACUCUUGUGGUUCCACAGUUGUCUUUUUUUUUUUUUAAAUGAAUAAUAACUAACUAUCUUCAAGAA